UCUUUAUUUAUACGUGGUGGUCUUUAUGAGUAUAAACACAAGCAUUGAAUGAAGGAUGAAACAGAUUUUGUAAAAAUUAAUAGUUUUUUCGAAUAUCAAACGUUACCAAUACAAUACAAGUAUUGAACUUCAGUUAAAGAAGUGCUGAGUGAAUACAUUAUAAAGAUAUUUUGGGUUUAGUAGUUUGAUAAAAGAUAUUGAACAAUAUGGACCAAUCUUACAAUGCAUGCUCUUCUUGGUUAUGUCGGUAAAUACAGUAAUGUCAAGAUAUAUACAUGUCGAUUAGUUUAUAAAAUAUCGCAGACAGAGAGUAAAUCGCAAACAGAUUUGACAUGGCCUCAGCUUAACUCUCAAAAUCAAAUAAAACAUACUGCACAGAAAAAUGAACAAUAUUGCAGGUAUCGUAGUGAUGCAAGUAUAUCAACAGAGAUGUUUACUCAAGUAAGUUUAAAUGAGUCAGAAUAUCCUGAACUUGGUCAGAAAAACAUAAAGGUUAAGAGUAUACCAGGUAUUUUUGUUUCUCAUCAUGAAUCUGUUAUCACAGAAACUGUGAUACCCUAUGUUACAAAAAAAGCAAAACAUCAAAAAUUAUUAGGAUCGUAUAAGCAUAAAAGAUCGGAGAAGUUAUUUCUUGACUUAAGUAAAGCUUUGGAAAAUGCAGAAUGUUUCAUAAGUAGGAAUAGAAAAAAAUCUGGGAAACUAAAGUUUGACAUUUACAAAAUAAGUGCAAGUCGAAGCAAUGCGAAUACAUUAAAUGAAAAGGGUUUUCAAAUAAGAAAGAAUAAAUUGUACAAUAUAAAAUUUAAAAAACCAUCAAAAUUAAAAAGAACAAUUACACUAGAACGUUUGAAUAAUAUGAAAAUAAAAUAUGAAGAUGACAUCAACAUCAGAAAGAUAAAAGAAAACGUUAUAAAUGUGAAUAGUAUUAAUUUUAAUAACUUAAAGAUUAAAUCAGAUCCGGAAGUGGAUAUAGAUUAUGUAAAACUUAUGUCAACAUUGACAGUUUAUGAUCGAGAUUACAGAAAUACUAUAGUGGAGAAUAUUUCUGAAGAUUCUGUACAAUUUCGGCCGGAUUUAACUCAGAAAUUAGACGAGUUAAAGAUUUCGAAUGUGAAAGAUAAGAAUAUUUCCACUGCUCCUUAUAGAAAUGCGUAUGACAGUACUAAUGAUUUAAACAUUUUGCAACGUAAUUUGUCUCUUACCGAUGAGGAUAAUGUAGAUAUUAAGCCAAAUAUUAAUAAUUUGUUAGACGUAAAAUAUUCCAAAAAUUUUAGAGAAUAUUGUAAUAAUUUAAUAACUUCCUCUCUUAACGAAUCCCUGGAAAAGUUUUUGUCUGAAAUUCGAAGGCUUCAAACAAAACUUUACAACAGAGAUCAAAAUAAGGGCAAGUAUAAACGUCGUUAUUACUCGGGUUUAAAGGAGGUUCAAAAACACAUUCUGUUAAAAAAAGUGCAAUUUGUCGUGAUAGCACCGGAUAUUGAAAAGAUUCUAUCUCCAGGUGGUUUGGACGAAGAGAUUGACAAAUUAUUGGAAAACUGCAGAACGCACGAGACAGCUUUUUGCUUUGGUCUCCGUAGGCGGAAGCUUGGAUAUUAUGCACAUGGUAAUGGACUCGUAAGCUGUAUAGGCAUAUCUAAUUACGCUAAUGCCGAGCAAUUCUUUUGGAACGUUCUCGUCGAGGUAGUAAUUGCGCGGAACAUGUUUGAAGAAUUGCGAGGAAGAUCGAAGAGAAUAAUCGACAUAUCGAAGAUAACUCAGGAAAGUGGUCUUUUAGCGGAGAACAUUGGAGUUUUGCUCAAGAGUUUAGCGUCAAUUAAUUAAAGCAGGAACCUUUGAAAAUUCUCGUACAACGAAAAUCAGAGAAACAAAUAUUAAAUUUGCAUCUGCUUAAUUCUAGUAAUUCUCAGAAUGGAGAAGUACUCAUAAGGUAAAACAGUUCGGUUGCAAACUGCAUCUGCGUAACCUUGAGGCAAUGAACAUCUAGGGCAUGUCCCGAUUCAACUCAAGUAUGAAAAAGAGGAUGUUGGAUUUGAUAAAUGAAGUUUGCAACUGUACCAGUAGACGUGGGAUUACUUGAAGCUAUUUUUUAUACAUAUCGAUAAUAAAUUCAUAGCGACGAA